UGGGUCUCGCCGUGCAUCGUCUGUCGGGAAGCGCUGGGAAUGAAAAAAAGUUAAAUAUUAUCAGUUUCUAAACUUCUGUGGUUGUUUAUUGAUGCAGCUUAACCAUAGUAAUGGAUGUUGAGUCGAAUGUUCGUCAGUUUAAGGACUUCCUGUAUCUCUACAACAGCAUAUCAGAGAAAUGUUUUAAUCUGUGUGUGACAGCUUUCAACAAGCGUGACCUUGAAUAUGAAGAGGCUAGCUGUGUGGAUCGAUGUGUAGGCAAACAGGUCAAUGUAAACCACAAAGUGAUGUCAGUGUAUGCAGAAAUUCAACCUGUCUACCUCCAGAAACGUCUUGAUGAGAUGAACAAACAGGCUGAAGCGCAGAUGCAGGCUCAGAUUCAGCAGGAACAGCAGCAGCAAGUUCAGCAAGACUCUCAGCAGUAAGAAAGUAAAUGAAUGUUCAUUAUGGCAUUUUUUUCUUGUGCGUUAUCCCGAAGUGUGAGACUGGGUUUCUCUCGUGCCUUUUCUGUUGCGAGAAUCCCGUCCCAAAUACACAAACUAAGGAGAGUGUAUGUCCUUGGUGCCACAAAGCAUAGUUUUCACUGUAGUG